CGCAAUUACUAACUAGCGAUCCGCAUCCAUUCUUCGAUUGAACACAUACCGCUCUCAGAACUGCCAACCUUAGUACGGAGGACCGACUCAUACUCUCGGCGCCUUUUUGACAUCAAGCAUGGCUCUUGAUCCAGCACCAUAUACCGGCCCGCCGCUGGACGAGAUCCAAUGGCGGGCGCCUCCCGAAUUUGAGAUGGGCAUACACAGCAACAGUGUGCUCUUUUACUUCGCGCAGUCGCCCUUCUACGACAGAACAUCGAACAAUGAGGUUCUAUUCCAGCAAGGCCUCAACAAUCCCAAUGUUACGCCAUAUUUGGCCACCCGCGAGCUCUUCGAGGGCCGUCUUAAAACCAUGUCUGGGCUCGAGUUUGUCGUUGCCCAGGAGCCAGCCGAAACAGGCCCUGGAGCCGGGACGGGCGUGUGGGUGAUCAACAAGCAGACCCGGCGUAAGCAAACGCCCCAGGAUGAGAUCAUUGUACACGGGACAUAUUUCGUAGUCGGGGAAAACAUCUACAUGGCGGCAAGUUUCGCGGACAUCCUGAGCUCGAGAAUUGUAGGCUUCAAUUGCCCCUUCCGUAUCCCUCUUGUCCCACGCACACACAGACCCCUAACCAUAUCGAAUACAGGCAGCGAUAUCGUCUUCGGUUGAAAAAGUUCUGCCUGUCGCCUCCAGCGCGCAAUCCUGGUCCCCAGCUCAGGGCCGCGUUUAUCCAGCCCCCGGCACCGGCGCGGCCGCCGCAAGUACCAAGCAGCGCGAGGCGACUCCCCUCCCAGACACCAACAAAGCCACCACCGAUUCGGGCAUCAGCCUCCCAAGCUCCCAGCUGAUCGAAGAAGCCUUGCUUAUCCACGAGCAACACGGCGAUCACUACCUAGACGAGAACCCCAUCACUGGCAGACCCGGCG